AUGUUCUCCAAGCCAACUUACUUUAUUUAUAACACCGUUCAAUUCUUCAGAGAAUUCACAAAGUUUAUGGCUAUUCAAUGGGUGAGUAUCAUAAUUUCUAUUCAUAUUUUUUCAAAAAACUGAUUUUUUUUCAGUUGGGACAACAAGUCAACUUCACAAAAAAAGCACAUUUCCAUGAUUUCUGUCAAAUUAUUGUAAAAAGCUAUCAACUAAAUUGUGAAAUGUUCGAAUCAAUUGAUGAUACAAAUACAUCAUUAUCAUGUAUGUCGAACAAGAAUCAUCUUGAAACAAUUCGCUAGAAACUGUAAGUUAUAUAUCAAUAUUUGUAAAUAAUUGUGGAAUAUUAUUGCAGUUAGCUGAUAUUUCCGCAACUAUAAGAGAAAAACGACAAAAUUCAUAUACAUCUUCCUCGAGUUGUUCGUUAAACAAUACUUCGAAACAUGAUGGUCACAAAUUGGUUGAACUGGAAUCAGAAAUCAAUUCAAUUUCACUCAAAACACAUGAAGAAAUUGAACCAAAAACUUCAACAUUAGAUGAAGAAUUGCCAUUAUUGACUGAAAAUAAGGAAAAAGAUGCGGAAACGGAGGAAAUGAUUGAUCAACCAAAUUUUUAUAAUGAAUUGAUGAAUCCCGAGAUAAGUGUGGAAACAAUGUUUAUCGAGAAACACAAACAGUCAGAAAAUGAAGAAGAAUUCAGAAAAUGCCAAAAUCUACAAUUAAAGAGAAGGUGAGUUGAUAUUGAACUGAUUUUGUAAUGAAUUAUCAACACAUUUCCAGUUUACUGUCAUAUCAGAACUGAAAAAGGCAAAUCAGGAUCUUCUGUAUUUGAACGACACGAAAUUGAAGAAAAAAUUAGGAUCGAAUCUCCACAACGUAAGUGUGAUAAAUGUUUUCUUUAAUUGUCAGUCAAUUUUAUUUGUUCAGACUGUUUGUAACUUGUGGAAAAUUGAAGAGGACGAGGAACUCAAAAAGGUCAUGAUAGAACUACCGCCCGAACACUUUAUCUCUGUUCAUUUGUGUCGAGAAUUCUCGAUUCUGUUUAAUGCAGGAAAAAAGAAGGAGAAAUUCAAUUGGAUCAACCAAUUUGAUGAUCAAACAAAGAGUGAAGACAUAAAGAAAGUAAGUUUGAAACAACACCAUCUGUUUUUUUAUAACUAUUAUCAUUCAGAUGAUCGUGGCGGAGAAGGCGAAGAACAAAAGAAGAAGAAUUAG